UUGAAGAUAUCCCAUUUUACACUGCCAGCACACAUGUUUCUAACAAACGUUGUACAGUGCUUCAACUCCAACCAUAAGCGUAUGUGGCAGGAUGAAAAAUGAGUCAGAGAAAUGGAAAGUCAAGUAAAACACUAGGGUACCGGCCAUCGCUGGGAGAGGAAUGCUGCAGUAGCCGGGUACAACUCUUUAGGUUAUCUGCACAGACACCAUACAAUAUCCUGUGUAAACUGCUAUAGGGAUUACUGUACCUCGAUCUGCCGCUCCAGAGCCUCUGCUAAAUAAAACUGCCUGUGAAAGAAGAAAGAAAGGCAGGAAGACGAAUGGAUAUCAAGCCAGUUCUCGUGUUGCUCUCUCUGUGUGGGCCGGCUUGGGCCUCGACGAUAGACUUGGAUGACUAUGGCGGUGUACCUCUCUGGAUAAACCGUUUUUUGGGAGAGCCAAGCGUGUUGACUUUAAAAGACCGGAUGGACCCAGGGUGGUUUCGAGCCGUAAACCCACAAAGCUGUCCACUGGAGUGCGACUGCCCAAUCCAGUGGCCGACGGCACUUUACUGUGACCACAAGGGUAUUGAUCACAUCCCUAAUAGUCUUCCAGCCCGCACACAGUAUCUUUUUCUUCAAGGGAAUAACUUAACUUCUCUUGGUUCUAGAGAGUUUGCCAAUGGCACCAACUUGCGCUGGUUGAUCUUGGAUCGCAACCAGCUACUAAGCAAACAACUCGAUAAUGCAUUGUUCGCUAAUUUGACCCACUUGGUAAAUCUCUUCAUAAACAAUAAUAACCUGACAGAGGUGCCGACUGGACUUCCUGGUGGUCUGAGGCAGCUACGACUUGCAUACAACAACAUUGAAAAGAUUUCUUCUGGUGCUUUCCAAAAUUUGGAGAAACUAACGUUACUUCUGUUACAAGGCAAUCGUCUAAAGAUUAUUGAAGAGGGUGACUUUAAAGGUCUUGGAGCCCUCAACUUUCUGGAUCUCAGUCACAACCUUCUAGACACUUUUCCUAAAAAUCUGCCACCAUCUGUCCAGCAACUCUACCUUACCAACAACUCCCUGACUGGCCUGACCGACAACUGCCUUCAGGGCUUCAACAGGCUUCGAUACCUACGAGUUGGACACAACAAGCUAAUGAACGAAGGGUUGGAUCCUAAUGCCUUCAACCUCACCUCUCUGGUAGAGCUUGACCUUUCGUAUAACAGGCUGACCGAAAUCCCUAUAAUUCCCACCACCCUUCAGUAUCUCUACAUGGAGGUCAACCACAUCCAAGAGUUCAGUGUGAGCAGCUUCUGCAGGACGGUGGGACCCAUGUCAUAUUCACGGAUGAAGAUACUGAGGCUGGAUGGUAAUAAGUUGGAGUACCACAAGCUGCCUCCUGACUGGGUGUUCUGUUUACGAGUCAUCCAUAACAUUUAUAUCUGAUCUAAUAAAUCCAGAAAUGUUUAAUGCUUUUUUAAAAGCUUUGCAAUACAAUAACAAUUUUAAUUAUGUAAUUGUUUCAAGAAAAAUGUUUAAGCACAUGUUGAAGGAUCUUAUUAAAACUUUGUACAUAACAAAAUGAUGAAUAAAUAAUAAUACUCAAUGUAAGAGGUUAAAAUAAAUAAAUACAUAUAUCAGAAUACAUCAUGGUAAUGAUACUAUUUUGUGUAACUAGCUUUUUCUGCUGAAAAGAUUGAUUUAUUUACAGCAAAUGUUCUUUAAGUACACUCUCAAAACUGCCAAUAAAUGCUGCUGCCAAACUGAGACAUUUCAGACAAAUGCUUGUCAUGGAUUAAUCAAUGGUCAUACAGUACAUAUAAUGUAUAAUGUCCUGAAAAUCACUUGGACGGUGUUUUGGCAGAGUUUAGGCAGUGUUAUUCCAGUGCAUGACGCAAACUACAUGACAACCUAUAAAGACUGUCUUUCUGUUGACUCAUUCUCAAGAAAUGACUCUUAUGUAUCUAAAAGUCAUGAGAUAGAGUUAAUGGACCAUGUGUUUAGGAGGUCUCAAGUCUCUCUGCAGCAGCAGUCAUGCAUCAAUGCAGUUUGUACUGAAUUCCCCAUUAGCAGAACCAUGACAGCAGAAAUAAAACCUGCAAACUUU